CGUGACGGCGUCACCCUGCCGAGUCCCGGAAACUGCAAGUUUUUUUUAGUAAUUUAAAACGUAAACGAAGGCGACUGGACGGGAGUAGAAUAAAACGGUUGGAAUAAACAACGUUAAAACGUUGGAACUAUUGCAAAAUCUGAAGGAGGACCGACUAAAUCCCGGAAACGAUGUUGGCUUCGAGUCUACUUGCUAAAUACUCCACCGAACUCCAUGACGAGCAAGUACUUAAAUUGGACAAGUACUUGCGUCAUCUUCAGCUGCCUGAUGAAACGCUGAUGGAUAUAUCUAUGAGAUUUCGACGAGAAAUGGACAAAGGCCUUUGCAGAGACACCAACCCCACAGCAGCUGUCAAGAUGCUGCCAACUUAUGUGCUCUCUACACCUGAUGGAACAGAACAAGGAGAAUUCCUGGCCCUUGACCUUGGCGGAUCCACCUUCCGGGUGCUUCUUGUUACAGUUAUGGCAAAUGGCGAGCCAAAGGUGGCCAUGGAAAAUCAAAUCUAUGCUAUUCCUGAACACCUCAUGAGAGGCAGCGGAUCUGAGUUAUUUGACCACAUUGCUGAAUGUUUGGCUAAUUUCAUGGAGAAGCUAGGAAUCAAGGAUAAAAGGCUUCCUUUGGGCUUUACCUUCUCUUUUCCCUGUCAGCAGAGCAAGCUGGAUGAGAGUAUAUUGAUUUCUUGGACCAAAGCCUUCAAGGCAAGUGGAGUAGAAGGAAAAGAUGUAGUCAGCCUCCUGCAGAGAUCUGUUCAAAAACGAGGGGACAUCAAUAUUGAUAUUAUGGCAGUCAUUAAUGACACGGUUGGAGCUAUGAUGACCUGUGGCUAUGAUGAUCAUCGUUGUGAAAUUGGCCUCAUUGUGGGAACAGGGACCAAUGCCUGUUACAUGGAGCAAAUGAGGAACAUUGAAUUAUUGGAUGGUGAUGAGGGGCAGAUGUGUGUAAAUACAGAGUGGGGUGCUUUUGGAGAUGAUGGUACCUUGGAGGACCUGCGCACAGAUUUUGAUCGUGAAGUAGAUGCUGGCUCUCUGAACCCUGGCAAACAGCUUUUUGAGAAGAUGAUCAGUGGAAUGUACAUGGGAGAAUUGGUCCGUCUCAUUCUCGUGAAAAUGGCCAAAGACCAGCAACUGUUCGGUGGCAAGACUACAACCCAGCUCCGGACUACUGGAAAGUUCACCACCAACUACAUCUAUUCCAUAGAAAAUGACAACAGAGAGGAAGGGUUGAUGAGUGCUCAAAGCGUGCUUCAGUUCCUUGGUUUGGACCCAACUUUGGAGGACUGCAUAGCCACUUUGAGAGUGUGUCAGAUUGUGUCAACACGGGCUGCACAUUUGUGUGCUGCCACUCUUGUGGCGGUGCUUCGGCAGAUCAGAGACAAUAAAGCAGCUGAGAAGCUGCGUACCACCAUCGGAGUAGAUGGCUCUGUUUACAAGAAUCAUCCAGAGUUUUCAAGGAGACUUCACAAGAUGGUGCGGCGGCUAGUGCCUGACUGUGACGUACGUUUUUUGAGGUCUGAGGUUGGCAGUGGGAAAGGUGCUGCUAUGGUAACAGCUGUUGCCUUACGCCUUGCUGCUCAAAAUGCUGAGCGUCAACGCAUUCUUGACACUCUGCGUUUGAAUCGUGAGCAGCUGCUGAAAGUGAAAAAUCGAAUAAGUGAAGAUAUGGUGCGAGGCCUGUCAAAGCAAGAACAUGAUCAGGCCAGCAUCAAGAUGCUUCCAACAUUUGUCGGGUCCAUUCCAAAUGGAACAGAGCAUGGUGACUUCUUGGUUUUGGACCUUGGAGGCUCAAGUUUUAGAGUGCUACUUGUGCGUGUGCGAAGUGGCAAGACACACAAUGUUGACAUGCACCAUAAGAUCUACAAUAUCCCACAGGAGACAAUGCAGGGCACAGGUGAAGAGCUUUUCACGCAUAUUGUAGACUGCAUGGCCAACUUUCUGGAAAACAUGGGCAUGAGUGGAGCAUCCUUACCUUUGGGAUUCACAUUCUCCUUCCCCUGCCACCAAAGCAAACUGGAUCAGGGUAUUCUUCUGAAGUGGACAAAAGGUUUCAAAGCGAGUGGGUGUGAAGGACAUGAUGUUGUUACAUUACUUAAGGAUGCUGUGCGACGCCAAGGGGAAUUCAACAUAACAUUUGUGGCUGUAGUUAAUGACACAGUAGGAACCAUGAUGACUUGUGGUUAUGAGGACCCCAAGUGUGAGGUGGGACUCAUUGUUGGCACAGGGACCAAUGCUUGCUACAUGGAGGAAAUGCACAACAUCGAAGUGGUUGAUGGUGAUGACGGCCAGAUGUGUGUCAAUAUGGAAUGGGGUGCAUUUGGUGAAAAUGGCGAACUGGAUGACAUCUUCACACAGUUUGAUCGUGUUGUUGAUGCGACCUCAAACUAUCCUGGAAAACAGAGGUAUGAGAAGAUGAUUAGUGGAAUGUACCUUGGGGAGAUCGUGAGACAUGUGCUAAUGGAAUUCACUGCAAAAGGCUUGCUGUUCAGAGGCAAGCUGUCUGAGCGACUCAAGACCCGGGGCAUCUUUGUGACAAAAUUCUUGUCACAGAUUGAAAGUGACCGCCUGGCCAUGAGGCAGGUCCGUUCCAUCCUGCAGCACCUGGGUCUCGUUACUUCCACGUAUGAUGACAGUGUCCUUGUUAAGGAGGUCUGUAGCGUGGUGUCCCGGCGUGCAGCACAGCUCUGCGGGGCCGGCUUAGCUGCUGUGGUUGAUAAGAUAAGAGAGAACCGCAACCUGCAGCAGCUCACUAUUACAGUUGGAGUUGACGGCACCCUUUAUAAGAUGCAUCCUCAUUUCUCCAGGAUCAUGCAAGAUACAUUGCAAGAUUUGGCACCACAGUGCAAGGUGACUUUCCAUAAGUCCGAGGAUGGAAGUGGCAAAGGAGCAGCACUGAUCACCGCAGUGGCCUGUAGAACCAACAGCGGUGGACAGGAUUACAGUGGUUAAUUAGGUCACUUUCUGUGCCUUGGCAGCGUGCAUAUGAUAUCCACCUGAAUGCACAAGACUAUCUGUUUUGCUCUUCAUUUGACUUGACGUUUGUUGACUCCAUAGUGAUGUCAUGAAAGGACUCCGUGGUUUGAAAGGUUAGCUUGACCUUGUGUUACGCUUGAACGGUAUUUGCAGCGAUAUGCUGGAUGAAUUAUAUAGAUGUUUUUCUAUUGAAUUUGCUGAAAGGUCAGCCUUGGCGCAGUUAAAGAUUCAAAAUGCAGCAUAAAGGAAACGGCUAAUGGAUUGUGGGUGGGUGGGGGGGUAUACAGUAAUACAGAGAGAGAUGGCAACAACAACAAAGGCAACAACUAUAACAGAACAACAGAAAUAAACAGGACUACGUACAUCAGCAAAUGUCUAUGGCAGUCCAUAAUAGAAAUGACAAAAUACUGUAAUUUCAACAGCCACAGUGAUAAUACUGUAUUGAGACAGUUCUACUUAUUUGUGAUAACAGUAGCAAUUAAAAUAUUAUGAACCAUAAUAAUGACAAGGUUGACAAUAACCGUAAUCGUAUUGCCGACAUCAUCACUGUAAUAAAAACAACAACGUGACAACACCAUGAAUAAAUCAGUUAUGUGAG